UCCAAUGGGUCCCCAUCAUCUACCGAAUCGCCUCACUUUUGGCCGCUGUCCAGUGCUCCAUACCCGCACCGGGGGCCCAUGUCCAAGAUGAGUACUAGCCAAACCGCAAAAACAAACCUUCUCCAGCACUCAGAUUCAACUCUCGCCAUUGGGACGCCUCGUCUUGAACGGGCCGGGGACCAUUAGCCUAUUGAGGAAGAUCCCCAUGAGACCAACAAGAGGCCGCACACGGGCAGGGGGUCUCGAACCCCUUUGGAGAAUCGUACAUCUAUAAGUCUGCAGGCGUACUUCUUGAUAUGGAAAUAUCGUGUGGUCGUUGUAUGUGCGCGUCGCGUUGCCGUGUCAAUGUCUUCUUCUUCAUCCACCUCCAUGAACCGGUACUGGAUACCCAGCUGGGGCAUCCACAAAAAGGUCAUAACCCAAGAACUGCCAUAUUAUCUCGGCCCUCAAGCGACGGUUCGCCUGUAUACGUACGAGGGAGAAGACGGAUAUCUCAUCACGACCCUCGGAAACUGCCUUUCAGAUGAGCAAAUAGACGACCUCUGUCGCAAAUCAGUCGACUACUGGGACCGGAAGGAGGCUGCGCGGAGCCAGCAGGACCCAGAAAGAGGCCUCAAGAGACCGGCUCAUCAGCCAGUGCCUAUAUCGGGCACAUCGGGAACCCCAAGGAAGAAACGGCCCUUGGAAAGAUAGCGAUGGCCGUCAGCGCCUGCACGUGCACUUUGACGCCCCCCUUGCCCGUCGCGCGCUGCCGCCUCGUCACGUAGCCCACGACGUUGACCCAUUCGCCCUGCUGCAAGGUCUCAUGCGUGAGUGUCUCGAGGACGAGGUUCACGUCGGCGACUGCUGUGACGUUGGUGUUGGCGGGAUAGUCGUGGGUGAGGCUCACACUGCCCGUCGCGGUGGAGUAUGCGCCUACACUUUGUGAAAGCAUCAGUGUUCAUGCUCGAGCAAGAGAUACGGGGAGGGUGAGGCAGUACCAGCCGA